AUGACGGAGACUUCUGAGCACUCGGCUGACUAUACAUAUGUCAUGCCACAUACCACCUCGGAGAUACAACGACUCCGCAAUCAGCAUGACUGGAUCAAGGCCUCGAUGGGCGGCAAGUUGGUUUUUGCCCCAGUCGAGCAGGAACAGCCCAUGCAUGUGCUAGAUUCCGCGACUGCAGAUGGCUUUUGGUGCUUAGAUGCGGCUAAAGAGCUCCCAGCGGGGUCGAACUUUGUCGCCUUUGAUAUCGGGGACCACCUCUUUCCAGCGCCCGAUCAGAUUCCUGCUGAGAUCAAACUCGUCAAGGCAAGCGUAAAUGAGCCGUUCCCGGGCGACUGGACAGGCGCCUUCGAUUUCGUCCACCAACGAUUUCUGUUUCCGUCUCUGCCCGAACAUGAACCAGCACUUGGUUAUCUGCUUGAUGCGGUUAAGCCAGGUGGGUGGGUUCAAUUUGUUGAGGUGGACAUGUUGACCUCGGCCAAGUCCGAGGCCUCGCAGGAACACGAACGCCAGCAGGCCCCCGCCUUUACGGUCCUGCGCCAGCUGGCUAACAGCCUGCUGAUCCAUCCUACGGCUGCGGGUCAGAUAGCUGGAUGGGUCCGUCAGUACGAUUUUGACGAUGUAAAGGAGUCGACCUAUGACAUUGCGGCUGGAGUGGGAAAUCCGGACCCUGUUGCCGGUAGGCUAGGCCGUACCAAUAUGCUACAUGUGUUGGAGACCUUCAUGGGUUACUACCGAAGCGCCAAGGGAGACACCAUGGGGUUGAGUGAGGCAGAGUGGGACGCCUUGCCUCGCGAAUUGGCACGAGAGAUGGACCACUUCCCUCUCACAGUGCGUAUCAACGUUGUGAUUGGCCGACGGUCGUUGUAG